AUGUACCUGGGUAUCCAUCCCAACUCACACACACACACACAUACAACAGCAUCCAGCCGAAGAGAAGCAGCUGCACGCACGACUGGAAUCAAUAAACACAGCAACCAGCAUCAAGGUUUGCGUGCCGGCCGUGUCUCUGUUUUGUGUUUUGGCCCUCGCUCCCUGGCCUCCACUGAUUACCAGAUCUCGCUAAACCUUCAAACUGCUAGCGCCUCCAAGAUCGCUGCUCUCUCUCCCUCUCUCUCCGCCGCCUGCUGCUCGUUCAAUUCGAUACUUUGGAUUGAUUUACCUUCGUUCCUUCGUCUUCCUCGCUGCUUUGCUCUCUGCUUGUUGCUUUGUGCAACUGCCACUAUCGUCGGUGCUUCUGCCGUUGGCUUGUCAUUUGGUCGCGAAGCCCCCCUCGACCCUCACGCAAACAACAAAAGAAAAUCGACCCUAGCACGAGAGCUGACCUACAGGCCGAUAUCCACUCCAGUGCAUAUUGAGCCUGCCCCUGCGCCCGCCGUUGCUCCUCCUACUUCUACCACCGCCGCCCAAUUCCCAAGUGGUCCCCUACCGCUCGUCGCACCCUCUCGCGCGCCAGUGACAGCUCGUCCGAGUCGCGAUGGUCUCCCCCAGCGUCGCAUUGUAAAAACAAGAAGAAGCCUGGAUCAUCCUGGACCCCCGCAAACUGCUUCGGCGGCAAACAGGUCUAUAGGUCUCGGUGACGGUGAAAUGGGCGACCUCCUGGAACCCUCUGCUGCCAGGCGUCCAUCUUGGAUGAAGCGCCUGUCUGCCAUAUCCACCUCGCUGCCUUCGAGUGGAGACACCAGCCCAACGCCCAUGUCCCCCUCUGUCUCUGUUUCGAACGGCUCAAUGGCAUUUUCUCACGACGGCUCUACGGCUCCCAUGAUCGGCGACCGGCCUCCUCCUCCUAUGCCGCCCAACAAGCUAGUAAAACGUUCGUCGUCGGUUCACAUCACCCAAGCCGCCACAUCCCAAGGCACUGGCUCUCGUCUUCCAUCGUUCCGCCGACCUGCCACAAGCCAUCAACGCUCUGCCACGAUACAGCACCAAACCGCCUUGCUGGAUAUGACUUUGGAGAACCCGUCCGUCCACACACCACCACAUCGAAUCUCAGAUAGCGAAUUAGAAUACACCCAGUAUUUCACUGCCAAGAUCAUCCCGGAACGAUCAUUGUCUAAGAAGAAAAAUCCAGUGGCAUACGUAAAGGGCUUGAAAAGGAUAUAUCCCGACGAGGCCCCUAAACCCACGCUCCUCCUUGCAAAAUCUGUCUCAGCAAACAAUAAUCCAGGCAAUGAUGACGAAUCUACGAGUGAAGAUGGAGACAGUGCCGGUUCCUCCAGUCGGCCGGAUAGUCCCCUGCCAACACACACCACCCUCAGCCAAUCCGGUGCACCUAUGCCCAAUGACGGAAAACACAACAAGCUGCCAUCAGACGCCUUUCAACAGGCCAACACGACGCGGCCCAGACGCUCCUUCUCUAUCAACAACCUGUUGCCGCGGCGCUCCAGUUUUCGAAAGCAACGGCAAGCCGUGGUUUCGUCCGGGGUAGGUCUCGCUAGGACUGACAGCCAAAAGCGGGUCAUCUCUGCUCCACCUAUGUCGACAAUACCCAAACGUCAGAGCAGCACUGCGCACGGGGAAUCCGCGGCUAUCCCGUUACGGCGUGAUCCUACGCUUGUUCGACGCCAAAUUUCGACUUCAGCUGGGCCACUUCCUCAACCUCGAAAUGCACGACAUGGGUCCCUUAGCGGCUCAUCGCCUUGGCCAUUGCCUGCAUUGUCGCCUCCCGCUUCGGGAAGAGUUGACCGCGGUCAAGCGUCCAUGCGUACAGGCGAUGUGAUUCCGUCAGCCUCGGCAACCACCAAUCACACCCCACCAUCCCCGAUCCUCGCUCAUACGGCAGGACGCCCAUCCCGUAAUUCUAUGGCCCCAUCCGAGCAGGCCUCUACGUUGGUUGGCUCAGACAAUGAGGCUCGUGGCAUGGGAACAGGAGAUGAGGACGACGCAGACGUUCAGAGUGAAACCGCCUUUGAUUCGUUGCGCACGGGCGCAACCCGAAGCACAACAGGCGCUCGUGGCCCUCGCAUCGAGACUAUAUUUGACGAAUCUCCUCCCUCCAAACCAAAAGUCACUGCCCUACGGGACCUUCUUCCAAAGGGUACUUUCCGGGAGCAGACAGCUGAUGCUGCUCCCGGACAUCAAAGCAUCGCCGAAGAAGACGAGAGCAUAUCCACGCCCGUGCGAACGGUUGUUCCUGACAGAUCCCUACGCGACUCGCCUAGCUACCAACGAGGACACAGUACUCCUUUAUUCCCGAGUAUAAUACCAUCUUCACCACCGGACAUGCCGAAACCGCUGUCUCUCGGGACCUUGGAAUGGGAUUCAAGAGCUGGAGACGACGAUAGCAGCAGCCGUUGGUCAUUAGAUGAAGACGAGGACGACGCUUCCUGGGGCGAACUUCCUCCCAACCCAUCCGCCGCGCGAGUGCCUACGCCAGCAACCCCUCGCCGCCUCAACCUGCGGCUGCUCGCUUCUGGUCCUAGCCCUACCCUAACCACCCCACCCUCUCAAAACCUCGCUCUCGACCACGUAGAUAAAGAUGCCCGCAGCAGCAUAUUCGAUUGGUCAGAGCAACACCACACAGAUAAAAACUCGGGCAAUUGUACACCCCCGCGUCCAAGCACAGUACAUGGGAAGAAGGAUGCCGAUCGUCGAGGAAGUCGCUCAGUCGGACGCAGAGUCCCCAGUGGAUUACACGCUCGCAGCCAAAGUGUGCCUGUGGUACCAGAUGCUACCGGUAAACGUAACACAGUGGUCACCAACAAGUUUGGAACCUGGGGGGUAGGCAGCAAGGGCGUCACAGAGGACUGGAAUGAUGAUUUCGAUUUUUCCGAUCUUCACGAGGAACCGAAUGCAGAAGGCUCGACACAGUCUCGCAGAGUCGACAGUGGUACCGCCAUGCUUGUCCCCAAGACCAUUCAAGAACAACAGAGCAAUGUGCUUGCGAACAUCGGCCUUCUACGGGAGUGGGGCUUGUUGAUUGAGGAGCUCAAGGAACAGAAAGUGCGCGCUGCGUCCCUUGGCAUACUUCACGGCUCACAUUCGGGGACAUGGGAAGAGGUGGAUGCUAUGAUCGAUCUCGCCGAUCAAGAAGUAGAGCAUGAAGGCGUACCCCGUCUAACACCUCCCUCAUCCCCCUUCGAUGAAGGCGUUUUUGACGACGUUUCCGGACCCAGUCCGAAUGAAACCAGGACGACACUCAAGUUAGGUUCGACAAGUGAAGACGUGAGUCGUAGCAGGAGUGGCGUACACAGACGUACAAGCAGGCGAUCUAUACUACGAUCGCGCCAUCAAAUCUUCGGACCUCAAUCGUCGCCCAUACCCCCGAAAUCCAACUAUGAAUCGCCGGUCACUCCUACCCCUACAAAACUAAUCGUCAAUCGACCCCGCAAAGACUCGGAAGCUAAAGCUCGAUCCGUCAUAGAAGCCCUUCAACAGAAAAGGAAGAGCACACCCGAUGCACUUGCAGACACGCAAAAUGCAGAUGAGAUGAAAAAAGUCCCUUUCGAUACGGCAACUCUCCGACGUAUCGUUCCCUAUGUUAGCAGCUUAACACGGAAAGUCAAGGAUGCGUUGAGAGAAGCAGAAGGACUAUAUUCCAGCCCCAAUACUAGUCCUUCGAAAGAGAACGAACCACCCUUCGACAAGAUGUUCCAGGCGGAAAAAGACUUGACUACGGAGAUGAAGUUAAUGACGGUCAUGUAGACGAGGAAAGCUACGUCAGAGAUGGGCUCGCCUUGUGCCAGCGAGUUCUGAUCACGAACCCCAUCAAAAAUGCUGGGUCGAGCAGACAAAAAGAUUUCCUUUUCGGUUCUCUUUCUUUAGUUCUGGAUAGCGUUGAAGCGCAUAGCUCGCGAUUGUCUUGCUUUCAUACCCUGUAUUUCUUAUACUGCCAUUGGUUCCCAUGGACAGUGUUCCUGCAUUCGAAGCGGAUUGCAUAUUCCUGUUUUUUCCUAGUGUUUUCUUCUUCCUUCUCUUCCUUGAUUUCCUUUUUCCUCCUUCUACUUCAUUUCCUGUUCUUGUUCCCUAGCAUCAGCGCCUUUGCAUUUGAGAGGAGAAGACAAGGAGUGCGGAAAAAAGCGCUAGAUGUGUUCCCCUGGCACGUUGGUAUGCAGAUGUAUUUCCUGCUUUUGAUAUCAGAGGAGACAAAAAGGAGUAGUGCUUGGUUGCGAUCCAGGCAUCAUUGCAUUUACGAGAUCCGAUUUGGAAAAAGGCCGUGACGCCAGCCGCUUGCGAUGCUUGGCAGACGGGCAUGUACAAAACGGGUUUGAAAUGGCUUCCCUUUCUUCUCCAUGAACGACGAUGCUUUCUUCCUAGACGAUCGAAACAAAAAGAACCAACGUUGCUUGAUGGCAAUUGUGUUUGGUAUGCAUGUGUGCAUGAUGAGUGCGCGUCAGUAAUCAGUCGCACGACGAAUAAUAAAGACACGAAAUAUAAUGUCCUCCUUUCACUCACACACAUACCCGUUCAAUGUCCCCACAUGAAAUCGUGACGCCUUUUGAGAGAGGUGGCCUAUGAUCUAGGAUCGUUCGUUAUGGUAACAAGUGAGCAGGAUUUCCCGGGGCAACCCUGGCCGGCUGCUCCGGUCGGAUUACGGUACGACGAGGUUUGGACAGGGAGCAAACGGGAUCCUUUGUUUUGGGGUCCAAGCAAUCAAUAAUCAGGAUUGAUUUCUUUUUAAUUUUUCGAGGAAGCUGUUCCAUGCUAUUUGUCGGGGCAAAUGUUGGAACGCAAGCGCUCACGCUAUCAAUUCAUCCAUGUUUUCCACCCUUCUCGUAUCCUUUGUGUGGGCUCGAGGGUGGUCGAGGUACGCAAUGGACAUGUUUGGCUAGG